UAUAGAUCUAUUAGACAUUCAGCAAUCAUGGCGCGUAGUAUUCGUAUCGUAUUUUUGUUGCUUCUGCAAGUCCUACUGCCAUUGACCCAGGCCUUUCAAAGAGAGUAUCUCAUUGAUUUAAAUGGAAUAAAUACGAUUUACAUUGACAGUGAACAAAAAUACAAUUGGUUCCAAGCCGAAAGGGAGUGCAUUCUCCGCAAGAUGUCACUUAUUUCGAUAAACAGCGCCGAGAAGAAUGCCAUUUUGGAUGGAAUUUUAAAGAAAGAAUUUCAACUUUUUCCCUAUCUCUGGAUUGGCGGCAAUGACUUGGGUAGUGAAAAUGAAUUCGUUUGGACCGCCAGUGCCAGGGGUUUCAAUUUCACCAACUGGAGAGUUGGGGCACCAGACAAUCUCUACAACAAGGAGCACUGUGUCCACAUAACUCACAAUAGGGAUUGGAAUGACAUUGAUUGUACCUAUAAACUUGGAUUUAUAUGUGAAAAUUAAAUAAAUAAAGAAAUGGAAUGGAAACUUUUCCACAUGAAA